GGUUAUUGUGAAAAAAAAGUCUCUUCACAGACCUAUUUUGACUUUUAGGCAACUGCCGGAGUAAAUAGUUUGUGAUACAGGUUUCAAACACCAACCCUAAAACGCAUCCUCUGUAAUACGACGCCACCGAGAUCGACGCAACUUCUUCCACCCUCUCCAUCACCGGUCUCCGGCGCUUCUCCUUCCUUUGCCGGAACUGCUGUCCAUCGAAGUCUUCAUUGUGUCUUCGUCGGAGUUUCCCAUCACCAGUAGAUAAGAAAAACAACCAACUCUUCACCUCCUUCUCAAGCAAUGGAAUUCUUGGAAGCAAAGGAGAUCCAGGUUGGAAUUGCUGUUGCCAUUGUUGCUGUUGUUGCAACUGCAGCCUAUUUAUAUACCUCAAAGAAAAGCAAAGUAGUAGGGAGCAUAGACCCUGAAAAUUUUAAGGAAUUCAAGCUUGUGAAGCGCACACAGCUUAGCCAUAAUGUUGCAAAGUUCAGAUUUGAGCUUCCUACACCUACUUCAGUGUUGGGCCUUCCUAUUGGACAACACAUAAGUUGCAGGGGUAAAGAUAGUCAAGGGGAAGAGGUUAUCAAACCAUACACCCCAACCACCCUUGACACUGAUGUGGGAUAUUUUGAGUUAGUUAUUAAGAUGUAUCCACUAGGUCGGAUGUCCCACUACUUUAGAGAGCUGCGUGAAGGUGACUAUAUGUCUGUAAGGGGACCCAAGGGGCGUUUCAAGUAUCAACCUGGUGAGGUGAGAGCUUUUGGAAUGCUUGCUGGAGGCUCUGGAAUCACUCCAAUGUUUCAGGUUGCUAGAGCUAUACUAGAAAACCCAAAGGACAACACCCAGGUGCAUCUCAUAUAUGCUAAUGUCACAUAUGAUGACAUCCUUCUUAAGGAAGAACUUGAGGGACUUGAAGCUAAAUACCCAGGGCGUUUCCAAGUCUACUAUGUGCUAAAUCAGCCACCAGAGGAAUGGACAGGCGGAGUUGGUUUUGUAUCAAAAGAAAUGAUCCAAGCCCACUGCCCUGCACCUGCACCCGAUAUCAAGAUUCUAAGGUGUGGGCCACCACCAAUGAACAAGGCCAUGGCUGCUCAUCUAGACGCAUUGGGAUAUUCAGCAGAGAUGCAAUUCCAGUUCUAGUUCCACUAUUCACAUACGCCAUGGAUUCUACAUAUUGUUGCUCUAUUUUGAACAAUACGAACAUGCUACUACUUAUUCAUAAUAUACUCGAAUAAAGUUUUUCCCAUUGAUGUUGACCAUGACAACAUCCAACA